AUGCCCGGCGAUGCGCAAGCCCCUGUGAAGCUCUCAUUGCCCCUCGAAUUCCAGCAGGACAUCUUCAACCAGCUGCGCGAGGAAGAUGAGCUGGUCAUCCUCGCUCGGGGCCUCGGCCUUUUGCGACUAGUCACAAAUCUUCUCCAUUCGUACGAUGCCGCUGGAAACAACCUCAUACUACUUGUCGGGGCCGACGACCGCGAAAAUGUGUGGGUUGGCGAGGCAUUGGCAGAGCAUGCGGCUGUCAGUAAUGCGCCCAAGUGUCGCGGCCUAAGCCUGGUCAACACGGAUCUGAUGAGCGUCGGCACACGAGAGAAGCUUUACGCGCAAGGAGGAAUAUUCAGCAUAACUUCGCGCAUUCUGAUUGUCGACUUUCUGUCUGGCCUCUUGAAUCCGGAGACGGUGACGGGCAUUGUAGUGCUGCAUGCUGAAAGAGUCGUUGCCACGUCGCUAGAAGCCUUCAUCCUGAGGAUCUACCGGCAGAAGAACAAGACUGGCUUCCUAAAGGCUUUCUCUGACACACCGGAGCCCUUUACAACUGGCUUCUCUCCCCUCACGAACAUGAUGAAGAAUUUAUUCCUGACAAAACCGGCGCUUUACCCGAGAUUCCACGUCGCAGUCGCCAAUUCGCUCGAGGGACGCAAGAAAGCAGAGGUAAUCGAGCUAGAAGUGCCUAUGACAGACGCUAUGCAGGAUAUACAGAAUGCAGUCUUAUCUUGUGUCGAAGCCAGUAUUGGCGAGCUCAAGAAGGCCAACCCAGGCUUGGAAGUCGAGGACUGGACCGUGGACAGUGCCCUACACAAGAACUUUGAUCAAAUCAUCCGACGACAGUUGGAUCCUGUCUGGCACCGAACCACGUUCAAAACACGACAGGUUGUUCGGGACUUGUCACUGCUUCGGACUAUUCUGCAUGCGCUCCUCACAUAUGAUGCCGUAAACUUCAACAAGUACCUUGACACCGUUUUGGCAGCCUCGCAACCACCGCCAGGGUCGACAAAGCAGAACCAGUCGCCGUGGCUGUUCCUAGAUGCAGCGGACACAAUUUUUACCACAGCCAAGCGGAGAGUAUACACGGGCAAGGUGUCCAAUGCCGAAUUAGCCAAUGCUUCCAACGCUGUACCGGAGUCCCUACAGCCUGUUCUUGAAGAAUUCCCCAAAUGGGCUCAGUUGGCAGAGAUAUUACAGGAGAUUGAGCAGGACGCAUAUUUCAAUCCAACGCCACAAGACUCUUCCAAUGGCUCCAUACUGAUCAUGUGUGGUGAUCAGGGCACAGCGUCGCAAUUGAGAGAGUAUCUGCAGACCAUGUACGUCAAGCCAGAGGGAAUUGCCGAUGAGGAUGAAGAAGAGUACGAGCCAUCGGGGAAAUUUAUGAUGCGACGCAAGCUGCGUAACUAUUUGACUUGGAAACGGGAUUUCAGCAAAGUCAGCGCUGCCCUAUUCUCGGAAAACCAAAAAGCCAUCAAUACGAGCACGGACAAGAAUGCUCAGAGUGGCAUGCGUCAAACCUCUGGUAGACCUCCACCCAACAAGCGGCGUCGAGUAAGAGGAGGCGGUAACGCAGCCGCGGGUCCUGCUCGCUCAGAUACAGGAGCUGUCCGUACAGCAGGAGAUCGAGACGCCCAUAUCGCAAGCCUCAUGGCCGAACUAGAGCCCACUGAGAUCGAAGCAGCACAAAAGCCUGGCGAAGUAGGUUUCGAUCCUCUUGACAACAUGGAGAGCUACUACGAGCUCUUCGACAUGAAUUCUUUGAUCGUCGUGCAUCCCUACUCCGGUGACCUAGACGAGCACAUUCUCGACGAAACGAAGCCCCGAUAUGUCGUCAUGUAUGAACCGGACGCCGCGUUCAUUCGGCGCAUAGAAGUCUAUCGAUCCUCACAUACAGACCGGACAGUUAAAGUCUUCUUCAUGUACUACGGUGGCAGUGUCGAAGAGCAGCGCUAUCUCUCCGCUGUGCGCCGUGAAAAAGAUGCCUUUACUCGCUUGAUUAAAGAGCGUGCAAACAUGGCCUUGACCAUGAAUUCUGCUGCUAACCUCGCCCCCGAGGAAUCUUUCCUUCGGACCAUCAAUACCAGGAUAGCGGGAGGAGGUCGUCUUGCGGCAACUGCGGAACCACCUCGUGUAGUAGUUGACGUACGAGAAUUUCGAUCCUCGUUACCAUCUCUACUGCAUGGAAGAUCAAUGGUCAUCGUACCUUGUAUGUUAACCGUGGGCGACUACGUAGUAACACCUCAUAUUUGCAUUGAGCGAAAGUCGAUCCGCGAUCUCAUCCAAUCCUUUGCCAACGGGCGGUUGUUCAAUCAAGUAGAAUCGAUGAUGGAACACUACAAGCACCCUAUGCUGCUCAUUGAGUUUGACCAGAACAAAUCCUUCACGCUGGAACCGUUCACCGAUUUUUCUGCCCCGAGCGGUGGUGGUGCGAGUGCGAGUGGGUUGGCUUCUUCACCAGAUCUCCAGGCGAAGCUGGUCAUGCUUACUUUGGCGUUUCCUCGCUUGAGAAUAAUUUGGAGCAGCAGCCCAUAUCAGACGGCAGAGAUCUUCUCUGAGCUCAAGAAACAGCAGGACGAACCGGACCCACUCAAGGCAGUGCAGAUUGGUCUCGAUCCGAAUCAAAGUGGAGAUGAGAUGCGGAGUUUUAAUCAGACGAGCCAAGAUAUGUUGUGUGCGCUGCCUGGAAUAAAUGAGAAAGCUGUCACGACGCUAAUGCUCAAGAGCGAGUCAAUCCAGGAGGUUGCAAACAUGGAAGAAAGGGAAGUUUGUUGGUUGGUCGGAACUGAUAUAGGGAGAAGAGUGCAUCGCUUCUUCAACAGGAGUGUGUAUGAAGAGGUGCCGUUGCAGAAAUUCUCCUAG